AUAUAUGAAAGGAAGGAAUCCAUGGAUGGAUGGAAUCCAUGGAUGGAUGGAUGGGUUCCAUGGAUGGACGGAUGGAGAAACACUCCCUCAUUUGUCACUAUCCCCUCCUUUACACCCUGAGUAAGAGAUGAGUAAACCCAGCCUUACAAUGGGGAGAUCCCUCAGUGCACCCUGAGUCACAGGACAGGACCCCGCAGGCCUCCCCUGCUCCAGCCCCACGUCACCGCCCUGGAUCCAGCCCUGGAGGAGGCCCGGAGGUGACUCAGGGCCCUGGCAGCUCCGAGCAGGAGCGGCAGCUCCGGCCAGCCGGGAUCUGCCGGGACCUGCACGGGGAUCCUCCCUCAGCGCCUUUGAUGUGCUGCCAGCACCGCCUGGGGCGACUGGGGGGGGACCCUCCAACUCCUUUGUACAGCUCCAACCCUCUCCAAAAUAUCCCUAAAACUGGGAAAAUCCCGUGUGUCACCCCCACUGCCGCCUCCCCCCGAAACCACGGAGCCCAAAUCCCCAGUUAGGGAUCUGGCCCGGUGAAAUGCCACCGUGGGAGCAGCGGGACGAGCGCCGGGGUGGCCCGGGGGGGUUGGGUCACUCUUCUUCCCCAGCUCCCCAACCUUCUGGAUCCAUUCCCAUCCCUGCCUCCUCCUGCUGCUGCAGGGAGGGAGGAGGCUCCAUCUCCUCCUCCUCCUCCUCCUCGCCGCGGCGUGCCGGGACAGAGCCGCGUGCCGCGGGCAGCACCAUGGCCGAGCGGCUGUCGGAGGAGAAAAUCGCCGAGUUCAAGGAGGCUUUCUCCCUCUUCGACCGCGACGGCGACGGCUGCAUCACCACCAAGGAGCUGGGCACCGUCAUGCGCUCGCUGGGCCAGAACCCCACCGAGGCCGAGCUGCAGGGCAUGGUGGGCGAGGUGGACGCCGACGGCAGCGGCACCAUCGACUUCGCCGAGUUCCUGUCGCUGAUGGCCAGGAAGAUGCGGGACACGGACAGCGAGGAGGAGAUCCGCGAGGCGUUCCGCGUGUUCGACAAGGACGGGAACGGCUACAUCAGCGCGGCGGAGCUGCGGCACGUCAUGACCAACCUGGGCGAGAAGCUGACGGACGAGGAGGUGGACGAGAUGAUCAAGGAGGCCGACUGCAACAACGACGGGCAGGUCAACUACGAGGAGUUCGUGAGGAUGAUGACGGAGAAGUGACGGCCGCCGCGGGCCAGCUCCAGCUCCACUCGCAGGGAACAGAGGUUGUGGUGGUUCUGCCCCAGCCCCUCCAUCCCCUCCCACCUUCUCCAGGCUGGAAAAAUCCUCUUUUGUCCCAGUGUCACCAACCGGCGUCUGCACCAGAUGUGGGGUGCAGAUGGAUGUGGGGUCCCCGUGGGAUGUCUCAUGUCUGUAGACAUUCCAGAGGCCACUGAAAAUUCCCUGACAUCCCUGAGUCCAAUAAAAACGUCCCCCCACAUCCUGGUGGCUGCUUCAUUCAGCUUCUCCUUGGGAUCCCGGCUGAAAAAUAUUCCCUCAAAUCGCCCUGGUCAGGUUCAAACCCCUCCUCAUCCCCAUCCUCUUCCCCUUCCAUCCCUCUGCCCAAAAACCUGGAGACCAGGAUGUGGCCAUCCCCAUCCCAAAUCUCGUCACUUUUGGGAUCUGUCUCCACCCCCAGGAUCUCAGGAGUCCUUUUCCCUCUUCCAGCCUAGGAAAAACUGGAUUUAUCCCUCUUCCCACCCUAGGAAAAACUGGAUUUAUCCCUCUUCCCACCUAGGAAAAACUGGA